GCAUACUGGAGGUUCUUCACUGUGUGCUGGUGGAGAGUCCUGAAGCACUGAACCUUAUCAAAGAGGGACAUAUCAAAUCCAUAAUUUCGCUUCUGGACAAACAUGGACGCAACCACAAGGUUCUUGAUGUGUUGUGUUCCCUUUGUGUGUGUCACGGUGUGGCAGUACGCUCAAACCAGCACCUGAUCUGUGACAACCUGCUGCCGGGAAGAGACUUGUUGCUUCAGACACGCCUGAUGAAUUACGUAAGCAGCAUUUGCCCUAAUAUCUUUCUGGGUGUUAGUGAAGGCUCUGCGCAGUAUAAGAAGUGGUACUAUGAGCUGAUUGUAGACCAAGCGCUGCCAUUCGUCACAGCUGAGGCAUCUCACCUCAGAGUGGGCUGGGCCAACACCAAUGGUUAUGUGCCCUCCCCCAGCGGUGGGGAAGGUUGGGGCGGAAAUGGAGUGGGUGAUGACCUCUAUUCCUUUGGCUUUGAUGGACUCCAUCUUUGGUCAG